CCGGAGGCCGGCGGUGCCCGGGACCCCUCUCUGUUCUCCGCUGGAAACUGACGCAGCUGAAUUACAGACCCCAGCGCCGGCAAUCACAACACCCCACACAGCAGGCUCGUCUGGCCACGCCCUCCGUGUGAUGUCAUCAGCAGGCAGAUCUCAGACCGGAAGGCGGAAGUUGCUGGGGUUGCGGGCAGGCGUGUGGCUGCUAUUGGCAUGGCUGAUGCUCUGAAUUGUUAUUGUGAUCGUGAAUAUGACGGAGAGUAAAAGCCCCGGAUUUAUUACCCCAAACAAGGCUGCGUUAACGGGAAGCGCUAGGAAAAUCAAGGACAGCGCAGCGGACUGGCACAACCUGAUGCUAAAAUGGGAGAACUACAAUAAUAUGGCCUUUAAUGCAGCAAAUAAAAUAGUGAACCUAAAAAUAAGUUCAAAAUCUUACGAGGAGAUGUUACUAGACGGCGCUGUACCUAAUGCAACCAGUUUGGAUAACGACAGACUGGAGCUGGAGACGCUUUGCUCAGAAUUACUUGGCACUUUGGAAAACAUGAAACAAGUACAUCUUAAAAUGGAAAAAUUAUCAUCUACAUUGAAAGGGGUCUGCGACCUUGAAGCUUAUCAAUGCAGUCGCAAUGCUUCCAGACCUGUGCUUUUUCAUACGUGGCCUACGCCGCUUUUCUAUGAAACCUCCGUCAAAAUGUCAGAAAUGUACAAGAAGGAAAUCUCACUUAAAAGGACGAUUGUUGAGCAAAUCGCACAUACAACCGACCAGGAUUUACUAAUGGUGUACCUAUCAUGCUGGUUGUACCAACCCUAUAUAGACAGCAGCAUUAAAGUGCUGCUGGAGAGCAUGCUACUGGAAACCGGUCAUCGCCCUCUCUGACUACGAACAUCGCAGAAUUCAUACCUCCGACGUGUAACGGACUGUUUUAUUCGAGGUAUUCCUGAAGGGAAAUAGCUGCAGAAGUACAAAGAAUGUUACCGUGCGGAGAAACCAGUCUUUAAAUAAAGGUUUACUUUGUUGAAGUAAAAGCAGGGUCACUGGGAAAAAUAAGCUGUUGGUUACAGCGGCUUACCGUGACAAACUUAAACAAAUAUAAAAUCAGGAUCUCACUUUACUAAGAGGGUGUAGAUAAAUGGAACUGCCUCCCAGCAAAAGUGGUAGAGGCUAAUACAGUAAAGCUAUCCUGAAACUAGGAUAAGAUCAAGGACUGAUUAAGAAGUGGGUUUUGUAUCAAGGAAAAAUGGGCAGACGAGGGACCGGAUGGUUAGUACCUGCUGUCCAAUUCUGUCUCUGUCCAUGCUUACGAUUAAGAACGUUAUCACUGGUUGAUUACGGAUUGUUGCUCAUCUGCACGAAGCUCAGCCAGGUAACCUGUAUGGGCAAUUACACCUGACCCAGCCAUUGCUGAGUUGCGCAGUGGGCAGAAAAAGAAAGGGGUCUGGCUUUGGGGGGCUCCGCCAUUUGUAUAAAUCUCCCCCCCCCCCCCCCGCUGGGAUUGCGAGCUGUUGCGUGGCCGUACACAAUACAUAUUACAUGUGUAUCUAUUAAAUGUGUCCAUCGCGUAAUUUGGUUUUAUCGUUACAGGGUGCACCUAUUUAAUAUUCUGGUAGAUUCUUUUACUUACAUAAACCAUUAUUACUAAGCGAUGUCAAAGAAGAGGAAGAAAAAAAAACCAGCUGAGAAUAAAAACCUUUUAAUCUUGGAACAUCAGCCUGUAUAUGUAUAAUAAAACAGCAAGAUCGUUGGUAAUCACAAAAAAUGAUUUGUUAAACACGGCAGAAAGCAUGACAGCAAAGCCAUCUCCAACCCGCAAGCUACAACAGAUCAGCUAUCCCCGAAAGCCUCAAGUUAUGGGGGAAAAACAUGCAAACAAG